AUAUAAUAUUACCAUGUGCCAUCUGAUAACCUGCAUUAACUUAUUAGCAAAUUCUAUCGUCUCAUUUUGGUUAUUUUAUUGUCUUGGAAGACGAGAAGAGCAAGGAACACAAGCCAGCCCUUAAUGUGUUUACAAAAGGGUUCCUGUAUUGCACUGCAUAAUCCAUGGUGAUGCUGCGUCAGUGGUCUCGGUAUGCAAAACAAUUUCCUUUAAUUUACAUUCAAGAUCAUGUCCGAAAAGGAAUGCGGCAAACAUUGUCUACUUCUGUUCCCUGCCUGGCAAGAGGUUCCCGAAGAAAAGUAUCCGACAGCAUAGCAGUAGAUCAGCAGGAUAAGAAUGAUAAAACGGUCAAACCCAAUGCAACUGAAUAUGAUUUUGUUGAAGAGGCAUUUAGUUCAGAAUCCACAAAGGAAUUACUGGAGAAUGCUGCCAGUUAUGAAGACUCUCCCCUCAGUCCAGAUGAUGUGUGGACACAAGGUCCUUAUCCUCACAACAGCAAUUAUAAACAGAGUCAAGCUAAGCAUUCUAAUCGGCCCAAAGUUGACCCGCAAGAAACAUCCAUUGUAUUAUUCCCUGGACAAGGCACACAAUAUGUUGGAAUGGGAAAAGAAUUGUUAAAAUAUCCUAAUGUUCAAGAAAUGUACGAAUGCGCAUCUGAAAUUCUCGGCUUUGAUCUUUUGGACCUUAGUCUGAAUGGCCCUCCUCAGAAAUUGAACAAAACUGUACACCAACAGCCUGCUGUAGUUGUUGCAUCAUUAGCUGCGAUAGAAAAAUUAAGAGAUGAACGACCCAGUGUACUAGACUGUUGUGUAGGCGUGGCAGGAUUCAGUGUUGGAGAAAUUACCGCUCUAAUUUUUGCUGGUGCUCUGUCAUUUGAAGAUGCAAUAAGACUGGUAAAGGUGCGAGCUCAGUCCAUGCAGCUUGCUUCAGAAAUAACUCCAAGUGGAAUGAUGACAGUUAUGUAUGGGCCUGAUUCUCGAUUAAAUUUUGCAUGUUCUGUGGCAAAGGAGUUUUGUAAAAGACAAGAAUUGCCUGAAGUUGACUGUCGCAUUGCAAACUAUCUCUUUCCUCACUGUAAAGUAAUUGCAGGGAAUGAUGAGGCCUUGAAAUUCAUUGAGGAAAACAAAUCUGAUUUCCGUUUGAGACGUCUAAAAAGACUACCUGUCUCGGGAGCCUUCCACACUGACCUCAUGAAACCAGCAGCUGAGCCAGUCAAAGAAAUGUUGGCAAAACUUAAAAUUGAAAAACCCAUAAUUCCGGUCCACUCAAAUAUUGAUGGAAAGUACUACAAGAGUGUGAAUCAGAUCAGUAAACAACUACCCAAACAGAUCUACUCUCCUGUCAAAUGGGAACAGACAAUGCAUGUGCUUUAUGAAAGAAGUCAGGGGACACAUUUUCCUAAAACUUUUGAAUGUGGGCCUGGUAGAUCACUGAAGGCAAUAUUGAAAUUGUGUAAUGCAAAAGCCUGGGAUUCAUGCAUAAGUAUUGAAGCAUAAAAACACUGUAAUUAUCUCUGUGCCGAUUUCAAUGAUGCUAUUACAAUGUAGUGUCAAUAAAGUUAUUUCAAUUAAA